CCCUCUAAAUAACUGUGCCCGCCUCGCUACGGUCUGUCUCUUUCGAACCAGCAAGUGCUGUCGUGAGGUUGCCCACAGAACACCGGCCUUUAAAGUCCUAAUUUAAGAACACCGUCAUCAUGAGUGGAAUCCAGUGCCUGACUCAGGACAGUAUCUGGUUCGACAAGCCCAGGUAUGAUGAGGCUGAGCGGCGCUUCUACGAGGGCAUGAACGGCAUCACCCACCCCCCACAGCCGCUUCAGGAGAGAGAAGCUAGUGCCAUCCUGCAGGACAUUGCUAAAGCCCGCCAGAAUAUCCAGAAAUCCCUAGCCGGACUGAAGACAGCACUGCAGCCAGGCAAGGGGCAGCCUCGUCCCCAAAAGCAGCAGCGUCGGCCUCGGACCACCUCAGCGAGCAGCACAGCAGGCGGAGACCAGACGGACCUGGUGUCACGCAUGAAGAGCCUGGAGAUGGAGAACCAGAGCCUGCACAAAUCGGUGAAUGACCUGAGAACCAUGAUGUCUAAGCUGGAGUCUCGUCUCACCGUGCUGGAGAAGGCCAAGCCUGCUGCAGGUGCCUCCUCCGCACCUGCCUCCACUCCAGCUGCAAAGGCCGUGGUUGUCCAGGCACCCAAGAAGGUCGAGGUUAAAGAGGAGGAGGAGGAUGACGACGAUGACAUGGACCUGUUCGGCAGUGAUGACGAGGACGCGGAUGCGGAGGCGGAGCGCCUCAAGGAGGAGAGGAUAGCAGCGUAUUCUGCUAAGAAGUCCAAGAAGCCAGUGCUCAUCGCCAAAUCCUCCAUCCUGCUCGACGUCAAGCCUUGGGACGAUGAGACGGACAUGGCCAAGAUGGAGGAGUGUGUGCGCUCCAUCCAGACAGACGGGCUCCUGUGGGGUGCCUCCAAGCUGGUGCCUGUGGGCUACGGCAUCAAGAAGCUGCAGAUCUCCUGCGUGGUGGAGGACGACAAGGUGGGCACAGACUUCCUGGAGGAGGAGAUCACCCAGUUCGAGGACUACGUCCAGAGUGUGGAUGUUGCUGCCUUCAACAAGAUCUGAACCUCUUCAGUCUGAGGUGGUGUGGUGUGCUGUCGCUGCUUUUGGUUUGAACGGUUUAAAAAAAUAAAAGUUUUGCUUUCAGUAUGUAGA